AGCGGUUGGACGUGGCAUAGUGCGUGUGUGAUGGGUUUUUCACUGAAGCUGAAAACCAAGUCAGGCCAGCAGCAUAUUGUGAGCAAGCUGGCCGAUACAACGACCGUCGGUGACCUUAAGACGAGGAUCGUCGAGCUCACAAGCAUUCCGGCCGAUUCGUUGCACGUGGUGUUUGGUUUUCCACCCUUCAAACCGUUGGAUUUUUCCAAUGAAGCCGACCGUUUGCCUGCUGUCGGGAUUAGCAAUGGAGACACCCUAAUCGUCGAGCAGAAGGCUAUGACGGAGCAAAAGAGUAUGGAGUUAUCGAAAGAGCUGGCAGCCCAGACCGCGAACAGUACCGGCAUCCUGCUCAAGCAGGUUGUACCAUCGGACAAUUCUUGCCUUUUUACGAGCAUAGGAUAUGUACUCACGGGAAAGGUGGAUCCAGAAAAUAGCCAGUACAUGCGAGAGAUAAUUGCGGGUACGGUCAAUUCAGAUAAGCAAGAAUACAACGAAGGUAUUCUUGGUCGGCCGAACGAUGAGUACUGUGCCUGGAUACUGCAGCCCGAAUCGUGGGGUGGUGCGAUCGAGGUUUCAAUUUUGUCCGCCUACCACGGACUCGAGUUUGAUGUCGUAGACAUAACAAACGCCAUAAUAAAUCGUUUUGGUGAAGACAAGAACUAUGGAAUGCGAGCAUUCCUGCUGUUUGACGGCAUUCACUACGAUCCUCUGUACCUGGAAUCAACGAAUGGAGAACCUCCAAAAACGAUCUUUCCUAUCGAAGACGAUUCGGUGUAUCUUCAAGCGGAGCAACUAGCCAAAGAAGCAAAGUCUUCACGUCAGUACACGGACGUAAAUAAAUUCACUCUUAAGUGCAUAGACUGCGACUGCUUCCUGAAAGGCCAGACUGAGGCGCAACAACACGCGAAAAAGACGGGCCACGUCAACUUCGGCGAAGUUUAAUAAGCACCAAA